AUGCGAAUAGGCUUCGCAUUAUUACUCGUAUCAAGUAUAUGUCUCGCACAACCAGAAGAAUCGCUGUUUCGUGGAGAAUUUCACGAUGAAUCACCAUUCAGUAUUGAUUACGAGGACAAUUCGCACAAUUUAACGGAUUACGCGAGUCGAAGGGCCAGCGAUGAUGAGAAGAUACAAGGCGAAGAAGAAGUUCGUCGACAGGAUUCUUAUGGAUCCAGUGACAUCAGUGAAGAGAGAGAUCGAGACGCCGUUGACCAGGAUCAUUUGAAAAGUAUAACUGCUAUGAAGGAAAAGAAGGUGAAACCAAUUAUAACAGUAAUUAAUAAAGCAUUCAAUGACAGAAAAACAUUUUCCUGUCCAAGAAUCAAAGCCGAACUUCUCACUGGCACAUCGGUUGCCGAUAUUAGUCCGGAGGAUAUCAAAAUUAUUUCUGCGAUGGGUGACGCUUUGGCGACCGGUGUUGGUUUAUGGCCGAACGCUGAUAUCGAGUUUCGCGGCGCUUCAUUCCCGAUUGGCGGCGACUCAACGAUUGAUGGUCUCGUCACGAUCCCAAACAUCCUACGAGAGUUCAGCCCCAAAUUGGUUGGGGUCUCGCACGGAAUGGGCGCCGAUUUGCCCGAUCAUCAGUUGAACGUCGCCAAAACCGGCGCGACGACGGUUGAUCUUCCGAGACAAGCCAAAGAGCUUGUGAGACGUCUUAAAAAACUCACUGAAGCGAACUAUAUGAAAGAAUGGGUUAUGAUCACAAUUGCGAUCGGAACUGAAGAAUUGUGCUAUUAUUGUGGACUUCCAAGCUAUGAACACAUUAUAAAAAGCAUCAACUAUCUUCAAAUUCAUGUGCCAAAAGCUUUAGUGGUCCUUCUAGGUCCGGUCCAUGUCUCAAGUUUUCACGAGCAAAAGGCCAACUUGUUAAAAAAUCGCUGUCCAUGCACCCAAAAUCAAACCGAGAGCUACAUGUAUGAUUUGAUGCGAGAAUGGUCGAAAGUGUGGCGCUCGGUGCAGAAUUAUGUGCAAAACGGCGAGACAUCGAGACCGACGUUCGGCAUGAUCGCUUAUCCAAUGGUCACGAUCACGUCGCGAUAUCCAAACGGGCUGUUCAUUCGCGACAAGCCGCUGCUGAAUCGAAGAGGCCACAAUUAUGCGACGAAAUGGUUGUGGAAUCGAAUGAUCGGCGGCGAUUUGUACAAUUUGUCAUCGGCAAUUCUAUCGCAGGACAAUUAUUUCUGCCCGUCAGUGGGUUGCCCCUAUUUUCGAACAUACGCCAAUGCGAAAUUGUGUCGGACGACGAGCUACGAGGAAGCCGCCGAAAUGGAAAUGGAGAUCAGCAAGAACGGUCGGCUCAUUGAUAAGCCGCGAAGAACUCGUCGAUUCUUGUAUAGUGUUGCAUGCAUCGUGUUCGCCGCCGCAUUUUGUAUUGUCUGCCUUCUCGGCACAUUUUUCUACCAGUGGAGUAAAAUGGAUAAUCAUGGACGAUUUGAGUAUGUCGAUGAGCAGACGAGAAAACUUGAAGACGCACAGAAGGAGGAGCAGAAGGCGAUACUAACGAGGCAGAAUACAAGGGCGCAGAGUGAAUUGCUGCCCACUCUCAAUCCGGUUCAAUCUGUUGCGCGACACAAAUCAUUCCGAGGAACGAUUGAAGAAGAGGAAAAGCUUCCUGUAUAG